AUGUCUUCACAACAGCAGAGCCAACAACCUUCCAUUGCAGCGGAUCCUGAUGUCGUGGGAAACCUGGAGAACGACAACGACUCAUCCGCUGAUGUCGAGAGCCUACGCGAAUCCACAGCAUCCCUGCGGUCUAGCAUUCUCGAAUAUCGUAACAUCAACGGCCGCCAUUUUCAGUCGUCGAAAACGACCGACUACUGGGCACCAACUGACGAGAAACACAUUGAGGGGUUCGACCUUGCGUAUGACACCCUGCAUAACCUACCCAUGAAUAAUCAAAAAGCACUCGCUAACCACAACAGCCACCAAUACAUGUUGCUCUUGAUGGACAACAAGCUUUACAACGCCCCCAUUGGAAACAAUCCUCAAAGAAUUCUUGAUAUUGGCACAGGCACAGGAAUCUGGGCCAUCGACAUGGCUGACGAGUUUCCUUCUGCCAAGGUGCUCGGCACCGACAUCUCGGCUGUCCAGCCUAGUUGGCUCCCGCCAAAUUGCAAGUUCGAGAUUGAUGACGCGCAGCUAGACUGGACAUUUCCCGUGAACCACUUCUCCUACAUUCACGCACGCCACCUUUACGGCGGCAUCGAUGACUGGCCAAGCUUCACAGUUCUUGUGGCGAACAUGAGGGCCGCCCUUCGCGACCCCAAAGCGUUGCCAUAUUACAAUCUGCACAUGGUGUAUGGUCGGAAGCCGGGCAGUGCCGUGUCGCCGCCGCUUGCGGCCCAGAAGAGUCCGAGUCCGCCGGCAUAG